AUGAGGUUUUUGACAAGAGACGCAAAGGACAUUUCAGUCGGUGCAGGGCUGUUGGCUCAUGUGGUGUGGCCGGUGUCGUUCAACGGCGACUGGCUGGAUGUAACAGAGCUGGCGGACCCGGAAGCCAUCUGGUGGUGCAAUAUGCGCGGUGGAGUCUUUUCGAGUAUACUGCCUGAGGGCGCUGUGAACAGGCAAGGCGAAAUGGACGCUUUAGUUAGCGCCUUGCAAAUCCUGCAUGAUUUACCUAACGCUCGAGUGCGGCCGUGUGAAGAAGUUAUGUGUUCGCACAAUACGGACCACGAAACGUUGCGGCGUGCGCAACAUAGAGCCACACGCAGCUUGAGCAGAAACUCUUGGGCGCGGGGAGCCUUGCUCAUUUCGAUCGCGAGUUUCCUACAUGGCGUGAAGAACAUGUUCACUAGCAAUCCCCAAUCGGUGUCAAAAGCGAUGCAGAAAAAGAUUAUCCACUGGUGGGCGAAGCACAGUCCCGUCCUGGUCAAUGUGAACCCCGCGGGACUGCAUUGCCCGAUGCCCAUCUUUCCAGCUCUGCGCGGGCUGAACGUCCUGACCCACCAGUUCGACUGCUUGUUCGAAGCUAGACUCCAGACAGACACCGAACUCGAGCGAGACGUCGUCACGAUGCCCGCUUGCCGCGAUGCCCUCCCCGAAACAUGCGAGGAACAAGGCGAAAAAUAA